ACCACGAAGGAGGCCCUCAUGCCCUGCCACCCACCAAGCUCAUGAUAAACGUGCAUGAAACACGAAGGAGGCCCUCAUGCCCUGUUUUUAUAAUUUUUUUCAACAUCUAUAUAUAGGCUUUCCGUUAAACCUGUACAGCGUCGACACAGCUGCUCAUUUUUCUCUCGCUCGCACACACCCAAAUCAACUAGUGCUUGCCUUUCUCAUUUCUCACUUUUACUGCGCCGAUCGUUUCACUCUCAAACUGUUACUUACCAUUUAGAGAUCAACAAAGAAAUGGACAUUAGUCUCGGAAGAAAGGUUGGAGCAGAGUUUCUGGGCACGUUCCUUCUCAUGUCUGCGGCAAUAGGCGCUGCAAUUGAAAAAGAGAAGUCGCAAGGAUCAGUGGUGGGAUGUGCAGUAAUUAGUGGAGUUACUGUGAUGAUAAUCAUAUGCUCCAUAGGCCACAUCUCCGGAGCUCAUCUCAACCCCGCUGUCACCAUCUCCUUUGCUGUAAUAGAGCACAUGCCGUGGAAGAAUGUGCCUGUGUAUAUUGGUGCACAAGUUUUGGCAUCAGUGAGUGCUGCAUUUGCUCUGAAGUUAAUUUUUCAUCCAUUCAUGAGCGGUGGAGUGACGGUCCCUUCGGUGGGAUAUGGGCAAGCUUUCGCUGCAGAGUUCAUGGUCAGCUUUACUCUUAUGUUCGUUGUCACUGCAGUGGCCGACGGCACAAGAGUUGUGCGAGAGUUCCCGGGAAUCAUUAUGGUGCAGGUGCGAUUG